GCUCGGGUCUCAGCCAGUUUGAUUCCCAGAGUUCAAGACACUCUCGGUUGCAUAGGUACACUGGCAGGGACUUUGAGUGCCCGCCAGUCCAAUGCCGUCAUCACGUCAUCAUUUUCUAGAUUGCUAUGGCCCUAGCUCAACCAGUAUGGGUGGUCGAACGAAAUACUAACCCUCAUCGGGAUUUUGAAAAUACCUUUGGGAACCAAGAAACGGGAGAAUUUCGCAUUUAUACAUAACGGCCGGAUGACUUGAACAUACUUGACAAACUAUGUCCGAGAAGUCCCUAAGCGCAGAGGCUUUGAAGGGCACCGAGUUCGCACGCGAUACCUUGUCUUACUAUGAUGUGUGUAAGACGAGAGCAACCCCCCCAGACAACCAGGAAACACAGACUUCUGAGAAGUCUGUAACACAUCUUGGUGAACCACCUGAUGGAGGAUUGACUGCGUGGCUGGUUGUUGUUGCUGCCAAUUUGGUGUUAUUUUCUACAUUUGGUUUAUGCAAUUCAUGGGGUGUCUUCCAAGCUUAUUACGAGGAAAAUUUACUACGUCACACUUCUCCUUCAGCCAUAGCGUGGAUCGGUUCUGUGCAGUACGCGCUCGUGUACCUUCCAGCGCUUGUGACGGGACGACUGUUUGACCUGGGAUACUUCAAAAUACCGUGCUUCGCUGCUAGCUGUGUCCUUGUCAUGUGCACCUUCCUAAUCGCAGAAUGCACACAAUACCUGCAGUUCUUCCUCGUGCAAGGUCUCGGUAUUGGAGUGUGCUGUGGUAUCAUAGUUGGCCCCGCACUUAUCGUCGUCUCGCAUUGGUUCUACAGGAAACGUGGCCUUGCUGUGUCACUCACCGCCAUCGGGGCUUCGUGCGGCAGCACUGUGUUCCCUGUAGUGGCCCAAAGUUUGAUUCCACUAAUCGGAUUUAAGUGGACUGUCCGUGUAUUUGGAUUUAUUCUGAUUGCUACCCUGGGGAUGGGCAAUAUGUUACUCAAACGACGACUUCCACCCGUUGAUGUUCGCGGGGGACUCUUUAACCUUGAAGUAUUCCGCAACGCCGCAUAUUCUAUCUUUUGCAUUUCAGGGAUACUGGCGUUUUUAGGACUUUAUACAGAGCUUACAUAUAUAUCCGUGAGCGCCACCGCAAUUGGCGUCUCCAAGGACUUUUCGUUCUAUAUUCUCGCCAUCGCCAAUGCGUCAUCUACGUUUGGACGUGUGUCGGCUGGCCUAAUAACAGAUAAAGUUGGUGCACUCAACACCAUGGCAGCUUUCACUGCUGUAGCGGGGAUUAUGACAUUCGCCUGGCCAUUUGCUAAAAAUGAGACACAGCUCAUUGUAAUAUCCUGCCUAUACGGGUUCUCCACAGGAGGAUUUUUAGCUCUCUUCACUGUAGCUGCCCUGGCAAUGGGAAAGAUUGAGGAUGCAGGGCGCCGAGUGGGGAUGUUCAUGUCCCUUGCUGCCCUUGGAGCCAUUGCGGGUCCUCCAAUAUCAGGCGCCAUCAGUACCGCGUCAGGAGGGUUUGCCGAAGCCGGUUAUUAUGCAGGCGGCAUCAUUAUGUGUGCUGUUGUAUUGCUACUGUUGGCGCGGUACCUCCACCUCGGACGCCUACGGGGCAAGUGUUGAAUGAUUCCUUCAGGAGUAAUGGCGUCGAGCACAAACGAUACUCCGCGUCAUAUUUAAUGUGAUAAUCUGUCUCGUACAUUGAAGCUGCGGAUAGAGCUCUUGAGUCCAUCCCGCGUGUAACUUAUAAAUGUUAAUAGGUAGCGGUAGCGGUCAGGUC